CUGAGCUGUCCACGAUCUUAGUGCUGAAAUCACAAACCCGCCAGUUCCACUCAACCGGCUGAGAGAACAAAUCAACACCUUCACACGGAGACUCUCCCGUCAGGAGCGCAGUUAUGGGGUCCGUACUCCUGCUCGCAGCAAUUUUGAUAUCUCAAAUCACCAAUGGUCCUGGUCUGGAAACCACCAAAUGUCUCCAGGUAACGAAAUGGUGCAUCGCCGACACAGGUGGCUGUAAGGAUGUAUGGAACUUAAUUGAAGAUGUCUGCAACCAGACAGGUGACGCUUGCACAGUAAAGGAUCACAGCAGUUGUAACAUAACCAUUCAGCACUUAGCCAACAGUUACCCGGCAUUUAGAGAGUGCAGCUGCCUUGAAGAUAAAUCAUGCGACUUUUUCAGACAACUUGGAAGACAGUGCAGCAGCCAAGAAGAGCGAUCCAGGGCACCUACCCUUAGCUCGGGAGUGCCACCAGAAUGGAAAAGACGCUUACGGAUGAUGAACACAAAUAAAAGCACAAGGAAAGGCAAUGAUUGCCCGUCAGCGAAACACAGCUGUCUGAGAUCCCCGAAUUGCAGUUCAGUUUAUGCAAGGUUUAAGAAGAUGUGCCGGCACAAAAAGGAUAAUUGCAGCAUCCCAGCCGUAGGGCAGAAGUGUCUAACCGCUUGGCAAGCAUUGCAACGCACAAAGCUCGCCGGCUGCAGCUGUUCAAGGCAGGGGAGAUUAAAGUGCCUCAGAAUACGGACCAGCCUCGCCAGCAAUGCCUGUGUACAAAUUGCAAGUAGAAGGUUAAACACGAGCAGCGAUGAAGAAAACGAAGUGAAUAUUCCUGGUGCAGCUGAGUUCAUGAGGGGCAGGAAAUCAGCCGCAGAGUUCACCGCACUUGCCGCAUUCAAUGGUGAAAAGCAGAAUCAUUCCAUGUCUUGCUUGAAAGUGACCGAGCAAUGCAUCAAGGAUCAAGACGUGUGCAACAGGCAUUUAACUCCUCAGAAGAAGGCGUGUCCUCAAGCCCGCAAGCAAUGCAACCUUGAGGAUUGUCACAGAGCCAUUCGAUCCUUUUACACCAAGAUCUCGCCAGACCUCGCUCAGAUGUUAGUGUUCUGUGGGUGCAAUCCGUCUGAUGACCUUUGUCUGCAGGCAAAGGAAACCCUUCACAACAACUCCUGUGCCAAUUACAUGGACACCGUACCUACGUGCCUACAUCUGAGGGAGAAGUGCCUCGCCGAGGAUAUUUGCAGAUCAAGAUAUGAAUUGUUUCAAGUAAAGUGUUGGGGCCAUUUGAUGGGAAUGUGCAGUCAAGAAUAUGAUCCGAGCUGCCUUUCAGGGCUCAGCUGGAAUGAAUGGACCUGCAAGGCUGAUGCAGAGUGCAUGGCGGCAUACAUCAGUACCCGAGGCACUCUUCUUCAGGUCCAAUGUACGUGCAAUGGCAUCACGAGAGAUGACCAACCGUUUUGUGAACUAUUCCAGCACAUGCUAAAUCAUCAAGUGUGUUUCACUCAGGUUUCAAGCCCAGCUGUUGAGGCAGAAGCAAGUCAAAUGGAAGAAGAACUCAGUGUAACAAGGACCCAGAUGAAACUAAGUGGUAUAACAAUAUGUGCGAUUACAUAUGUCUGCGUGGUCACUUUGGUCUUAGGGGUUGUCAUUACUGUUAUCUUAUGCAAGACAAGAAUAUCCAAGAUAUCUGAACAGACUGCAAAAAGUUCUACAUGUUAAACAAAGACAAAAAUACUCAAGUACUGGCAACAUUGGAGUGGAUGUUCUGGUUGAAAAAUAUAGUUCUCAUGCCGUUUUGCGUGUGCCACAUCCUAUGCAUGUGUAAUUAUUUAUUGUGUGGUUAGGUUUUCGAAGUUCUCCUGCAUAACUUAUUUGAUAAACUGAAUUUAUAUUUGAUUUAAGCCAUGGGUAGAAAGCAAAAGUUAGUCAUCUUCGACUUCCAGAAGAAAUUUUGCUUGACAAGACAGGUUGGAGAAAUGAAGAUGCAAGAUAACUUUCACCCACAUUCUCACUGAGGAAAUUCCUACCAACAACGUUAAUGUGUACAAGACAUUCAGUGGACGUAUUGCUUUUUUGUUGCUUUAGAAACACACUGUAUUCAACUAAAUAAUUUAUUAUUAAAUGCAAAAUAAUUGUAAUAAACACGAUUUUAAACAAUGGGAAAGUGGUCCUUGUUUUGUAGCUCAAGCAUUCACUGAUUGUAUUAUGAUUCUGUUCAUAUUGACCAUUAGCUUUUUAUUUGUAAUGAAAAUGAACUUUAGGUACUGGUUUGUACCAAAGAUAGGAACGAAAUGUUGGCUUAACUCAGCGGGUCAGGCAGCAUCUCUGGAGAAAAUGGAUAGGUGACGUUUUGAGUCGGGAAAGUUUUUUACUUGUAUUCCUGUUCUGGCUUUGACAGCCAAUAAAGCUGGGGCUUAGCCAGCUGGCAAGGCUGUCAGAGGGUUUUCUGGAGCAGAGUUUCUCUUUGGCAUUGUACAAGGAUGUGCUGCGACUCUGGGUAUUGCUGCGGGUCUCUGGGGUGGCUCAGUGUUUUGUGGUCAAACAUAAUGGAACAGAACGAUGACAUUCUUACAUACUUUCAGCAGCAUAAAUUCUGCAAGACAGUGAUAAGGCAGUGCAACAAAACAAGACUUUGGUGCGAAAAUAUAUAAUUGGAAAACAUGUCCAUAGUUGUGCAAGAGGUCAUCAUUGUGUUCCGUUGUCGAGGUAUAAGUAAGGUUUAGUUUAGAGAUGCAGUGUGAAACAGGCCCCAGCACACCAAGUCCACGCCCAUCAAGGAGACAUGCUGAGCAAGUUUUGUUCAUACAGGGAGUGUUCGGUGCCUGGAACGUACUGCCAAGGAUUGUGGUGGAGGCAGAGAUGACAAUGGAUCACGUGCACGCUGAGGAGAUUAGUUUAACUUGGUGUCAUGUUCGGCAUGGACAUUGUGAGCCAGGGGACCUGUUCCUCAAGUCAAGUCAAGUUUAUUCGUCACAUACACGUAUGAGAUGUGCAGUGAAAUGAAAAGUGGCAAUGCUCGUGGACUUUGUGCAAAAAGACAAACAAACAAACAACCAAACAAACUACAAACAGAAUGGAACAGAAUCACAUAUUCUUUUACAUAUUGUGGGUGAAAAGAAAAAGGGAAAAAAACAGCAAUUUAAAAAAAAAAGCCAUAGAGUGGUUCAGUAAAGCUAGUCCCUGGUAAGAUAGUUUACAGUCCUAAUGGCCUCUGGGAAGAAACUUCUUCUCAAUCUCUCCGUUCUCACAGCAUGGCAACGGAGGCGUUUGCCUGACCGUAGCAGCUGGAACAGUCCGUUGCAGGAGUGGAAAGAUCUUAUUGGCUCUGGAGUUGCACCUCCUGAUGUAUAGUUCCUGCAGAGGGGCGAGUGAAGUUCCCAUAGUGCGUUCGGCCGAACGCACUACUCUCUGCAGAGCCUUCUUGUCCUGGGCAGUGCAAUUCCCAAACCAGAUUGUAAUAUUUCCAGACAAGAUGCUUUUCACAGCCGCUGAGUAGAAGCACGGGAGGAUCCUCGGAGACACUGUGAAUUUCCUCAAUUGCCUGAGGUGGUAAAGGCGCUGCCUUGUCUUACUCACGAGUGCUGCGGCGUGUGAUGUCC